AUCCUUAGCCUUUGACUGUGUUGAAAUUAUGAAAUAGAUUCUAAAUCUAGAAAACGUUAUCAAUAUUUGGUGUAAAAUUACUUAAAAAAAUGGCUGUUACAUUACAUACAGACGUUGGAGAUCUAAAGAUUGAACUUUUUUGUGAACAGUGCCCCAUCACAUGUGAAAACUUUUUAGCCCUGUGUGCAAGUGGCUAUUACAAUGAUAGUUUAUUUCAUCGAAAUAUAGCAGGAUUUAUGAUUCAAACAGGUGAUCCCACAGGUACAGGAAAAGGGGGUAAAAGUAUUUGGGGUGCAAAAUUUGAAGAUGAAUUCAGAGAAAAUUUAAAGCAUAGCACAAGGGGGAUGGUUUCCAUGGCUAAUAAUGGACCUGACACAAAUGCUUCCCAGUUUUUUAUCACAUACAACAAACAGCCUCACUUAGAUAUGAAGUAUACUGUUUUCGGAAGAGUAAUUGAUGGGUUUGAUACUUUAGACACAUUGGAAAAACUCCCUGUCAGUGAAAAGGGGUAUAAACCACUAACAGAAACAAGGUUACGAGAAAUCACAAUACAUGCAAACCCAAUAGCAGAGGCAGCACAGCAAUGAUUUUUCCAUGUCAUUUUUUUUUUUUUUUUGUAUAUUAUUGUCACUGAUUUAUGAAUGAUUACCUUGUAAAAAAAAAAGCCAACACAACAACAGA